GAGGCGGGGCCCGGACGAGCCUUGAUUGGUCGCGGUGCGCGAGGGCGCGGAUCCUGGUCCCGGCUGUGAGCUGCUGUGGUCGCAGGUGCAGAUUCACUCCGCUGCGAGCCGUGCACGAUGCAGAAGGUGGCUUUGAUCACCGGGGCAAGCAGUGGCAUUGGGCUAGCCCUUUGCAAACGACUGCUGGCCGAAGAUGAUGAGCUCCACCUGUGUUUGGCAUGCAGGAACCCGAGCAAAGCAAGAGCUGCUUGUGAUGCCCUGCUGGCCUCUCACCCCUCUGCCGACGUCAGCAUUGUGCAGAUGGAUGUCAGCAGCCUGCCGUCGGUGGUCCGGGGUGCAAAGGAAGUCAAGCAAAAGUUUCAAAGACUAGACUACUUGUAUCUGAAUGCUGGGAUCAUGCCUAAUCCCCAGCUAAAUAUCAAAGCCUUUCUCUUUAGCAUCUUUUCAAGAAAUGUGAUUCAUGUGUUCUCCACAGCGGAAGGACUGUUGACCCAGAAUGACAAGGUCACUGCUGACGGGUUCCAGGAGGUGUUUGAAACCAAUCUCUUUGGCCACUUUAUCCUGAUUCGGGAACUGGAACCUCUUCUCUGCCACACAGACAUCCCCUCUCAGCUCAUCUGGACCUCCUCUCGCAAUGCAAAGAAAUCUAACUUCAGUCUUGAGGACAUCCAGCACACCAAAGGCCAGGAGCCCUACAGCUCUUCCAAAUACGCCACCGACCUCCUGAACGUGGCUUUGAACAGGAAUUUCAACCAGAAGGGUCUGUAUUCCAGUGUGGUGUGCCCAGGGGUGGUAAUGACCAACCUGACGUACGGAAUUCUGCCUCCCUUUGUGUGGACAUUGCUCCUGCCGCUGAUGUGGCUGAUUCGCUUUUUUGCAAACGCUUUCACUUUGACGCCGUACAAUGGAGCCGAAGCACUGGUGUGGCUUUUUCACCAAAAACCUGAGUCUCUCAAUCCUCUGACCAAAUACCUGAGCUUCACCACGGGCUUCGGGACUAAUUACGUCAAGGGCCAAAAGAUGGACAUAGACGAAGACACCGCUGAAAAAUUUUAUCAAACCUUACUGGACCUGGAAAACCGCGUUAGGAUCACCAUUGAAAAAUCCGAUCACCCCAGCUGAUGGUGACAUUCUCCAGAGCAUCCCGUACCUUCUGUACAUCCCGGCCGGGGCACGUGGCUUUCCAUUGUGCUGGGUGAUAUGCUUUUGUAGUAAACCACAAGCCCUGAUGAUCUCUGCUCCCAUCUUUCAGAAUGAUCCCCAAGACUCCGUGUGUGCACGUGUGCAGGCAUGUACACACAUGUGGAAGGGAUUGGCAAAGUAGAGGAACCAAGUCAAUACCCUCCAGAGUAGUGUCCUUUGGGAAUUGCUAGGGGCUCUCUGCAGAGCACCUGCAUCCACUGUUCCACUGGCCACUGGGAGGCCAGUAGAUCAUUCUGGAGUGACUGGGACACAGGUACAGCCUGAGCCUCCUUUUAGUCCCAGCAAGGAGGGGCAAGGCCACUGAGUAGUCAUUCCAGCUCCUUGUCUUUUCUCUGUGAGCAUUUUCCUACUGUCUUUAUUCACUUCUCCACGUGCUGCUUCCCGAUAAUCUUACCAGGUUGUCUCUCUGAGCGGUCCCCACGUGACUGCACGCAGUGAAUCUCAGGAACAAAGUGUGAGUGUGUUUGGGCCACGUGCGUUAUUUCUUCUCUGUAAAAACAUUCUGUUGUUAUCAGGUAGUGGAGCCAACAGCCUGGUCUUUAUCAGCGUCUGCAGAUGUAUUCAUGAACAUCUUCAUGACCAUAUUUCACUGGAACUGAAAGGAUAGCAGAAAAUUAUUUAUUCGUGUUUCAAAAAAGUGUAAAAAAACAAACAAACUGAGAAACUGCUAUUAAGCCGUCUGCUGGCAUCUGGUACACAAUGGAAUAGAAGGAAAUUGUUCAUUUUUAUGUGUCAGGUGAUGAGUUUUUCAAACCUUUCCUCUAUAAAACUUCAAGAGCCACACCUGAGCAUCCUUUGGUAUGAAUCAACAUGUUAAAGAUGGCUAAAUAUUUUUUUUAUCAUAAAUAAAGCCAUCCUAUCACUUGGGAUAUAAUAAAGUCAGUAAAAUUUUGAAUAAAAAUCCAAAAGAUGAUACAUAAUUUCCCUACAGCUUGUGCUAUGAAAAUUUUCUGAUUAGAGUUUUCCUCCUUUUGCUGACCAAGAUAUUUUUGUAAAGCUGUCAGGUGAGAGUGAGUCUGUACACCACACAACUCCCCGCAUCCUUGGGUAAGGAGGGUGGGGCUUAGCAUGGCGCUGUCCUUUCUUCAUUCUGUAUCUCCUCAGAAGGCUUCUUCUCCGUGGUGAACUCAACAUUUCUCAUGUGUAAACCGAAACCUCUUUGCCCUUUUGCUCAUGGGUCUGCAGUGAAGAGGGGAUCGACGAUCUGUGUGGACCGUGAACAUCCCUCAUUUUGGUAGAGAAUGAUGAGGUUCAUUAGAGGUCAGGAACGCAGAAGGCCGAGGUUCAGAUACUGCCAUGUAAGGCAUGGCUGACCACGGCCCUUUUGACAGGUAGUUGGUUUUGUUCGCUGAGCAUUUCCAGGAGACAGCAUGGAGCACUGCAGGAUGUAAUGGGGGAGUUAUGGGCCGUAGGUCUGGGUAGUCAUAAUCUAGACUGUUCUCAAGAGAGUGUAAUAGUGUGGGGUUUGGUUAUUUGUGAGUCUGGAAAAACAUGUCAUUUUCCGGGGUUGCCAACUUUGGAGCAUCAAGUUAUUCUUGGAAUUUCUUUUUACUGGCUGCAUUAGUAAUCCCCCCUAUUUUAUUCUUUUUUUUUUUUUUUGUGGUUUUUCGAGACAGGGUUUCUCUGUGUAGCUUUGCGCCUUUCCUGGGACUCACUUGGUAGCCCAGGCUGGCCUCGAACUCACCGAGAUCCACCUGGCUCUGCCUCCCAAGUGCUGGGAUUAAAGGCAUGCACCACCACCGCCUGGCUCUAUUUUAUUCUUGAUGCUGAUAUCUUUUCAUCGUCAGCUAUGCAGGGGUUUUUCCAUUUGCUGGGGUUUUCAGAGAGCCAUGUUUCCGCCUCACUGAUUUUUUUUUUUCCUUCCCAGUUGCUUAUAUAUUUUCCAUAGAGACUUUAGCUCUACAUGUUUUAAUUAUCUUCUUUCUGCUUUCAUUGGGUUAAAAUAAACCAUUUUUCCCGUUUCUUGACAUAAAAAUUUAGGUUACUUAUUUAGAAAUUCUUCUUCCUGGCUGGUGUAAGCAUUUAAGUAUAAGCAUUUAAUGACAUAAAUGUCCCUCGCAGCCCGGUCUAACCGCAUCCCAUGUUUGCUGACUACUGCCUUGCUGUUAUUUUCAUCCUUUUAGCCCUAGAUUGUUUUAUUAAUUUAUGUUGAGGUUUUCUUUUAUGAAUUAUUAAAAGUGUUACUUAAUGUUCAUGUUUUUAGAGAUUUCAAAGGUUGGAAUUUGACUGGGGAGAUGGCUCAGUGGUUGAGAGUACUGGCUGCUCUUCCUGAGGACCCAGGUUCGAUCCCUGCACCACACGGUGGCUCACAAACAUAGAACUCCAGUUCUGGGAGAUCCAGUGCCCUCUUCUGGCCUCCAUGUAUACCAGACAUGCAUGUGACACAUAGGCAUACAUGCAGACAAAGCACUUAUACACAUAAAAAUAAUAAUUCUUUUAAAAAUUGGUACUGGCUUCCAGGUGUAGUCUGUUGGGAUUUUCUAGCUUCAUGCUGGUAUAGUCAGAAUACAUGGAGUCCUCUUUCUGUAUCAAAUUGCUUGAGUUGUCGUUAUGGUCCAGGACCUGGUCUACCUGGAGUGUUCUGUGGACUUUCCUUCACACCAUGCCUGCUCACAUCUCCUCUUUAGAACACUGGAGCUUGCUCUCUUUGUAAGGAGUUCAUGGUUGCUUUCCUGGCAGGUGUUGUGUGGGAGGGCCACCCCGCUCUGUUGAAAACAGUGUUUCUCAUCUUUACAUCAGCUUUCGUUUCUGUUACAAUUUUACUCUUCUAGUUCUUUCCUGUGUUCAGUCAGUUUUGCUUGUUCUGUGUCCAGUUCUGGUUUUAGUUUCAAAAUUUUGAUUCAUUUUAUUCUUAAUAUAUUUAUUUAUUUUGCAUACUUGGGUGUAUUGUGUUCAGGGCUGUGGAGUUUGUCUUCUCUCUUGUGGUUGAUUCCCUGAGCAGGAAUGCUGCAUAUAGUAGUUGUCAACAGAAGCUUUUACUUAUUCAUUUUUAUUUUGUUCUCUUCACUCCUCAGUGAGGUCUUUGAUAGUUAGUUGACUCUAAAAUUUCAUCAUAUCCCUCAAGUUUUACCAUCCUUAUCAAUCUUUUGAAAAA